CGUAGCAGCGCUUGCGGGUCGCGGAGCCCCCCCGGUGUCGGUGCCUUCUUUCUCGGAGAGGCGCUGGCAGCGGUGAUUGGACCUUGCGCUUGUCCCUCACCCACCUUCCGCUUUGUGACUGGAGUGCUACUUGGCCAGCGAGGCGGAGGGUUCGAGUUUACAGUCCCACCCCCCCCCCCCCCCCCCCACCCUUUGCAGUACCGAGCGAGAAAGGAGGACCGAAGUCCUAUUUCUAAAGACGACACAAAAUGGCGUGGAGGAAGUUUUGCUCGCGAUGGCGCUCCCUUCCUUCCUGCCGAGGGGAUCGAUGCCUUCCCGUUUGUAAACAGUGGCUCGUGGAUCUCGCCUCUUUGCCGACGGCGCUUCUGGCUGGAGAAGAAGCGGACCGGAUAUAGUUCUUGGGGUACUGACAACACCAAUACUCAUGGUACAUAUGCCACGAACAUGGGAAGUUGGCAAGGUUAUGAAGGUUAUGAUUAUUAUGGUGCCCAAGCCAGUAAUACUACCACAGGUCCCACAUAUAACUAUGAUGCUACUGUUCCCCCAACUACCUGGAAUACUUCUAAAGCUUCUGAUAUGACAAUGGGUACUAGUAUGCCAGUUGUAAAUUACAAUACUGGAACAAUGGAGGCAGAAAAUUCUGAUUCCAUCAUAGCAAAAAUAAACCAGCGUUUGGAUAUGCUAUCAAAGGAAAACAGUGGCAAUGCUGGAGAAGGCAUGGAAGAUCAGGGAAGCUCUUUCAGAUUUGAGUCUUUUGAAUCAUACGACUCUAGAGCCGCAGUUCCUGACCGCGAUCUGUACCGAACCAGCUAUGACUAUAAUGAAGUUGGAUUAGAUCGGAAUGAUACUUUUGGAAGUCACUAUGAUGGUCCUGGUAACCGCAGAGAUCAACCUGGUAACAGAGGAAACAACUAUGGUUUUGUUAGAGGGAGGGUCCAAAAUCGAGGUCGUCCAAAUACUUUCAAUCGUGACCACUUCAUGCCCUCAAGUACAGAACGGCUGUCUACACACUGGAAUGAAAUGAAUUACAUGGGCGGGAGGAAUAUGGGAGGACCUGGACCCAACAGGCUUCCAUCACUCUUUUCUCGAGCACUUGUCCCUGAGUAUAGGGAUUAUGGUGAUUAUGGAGACUAUGGCGACUAUGGAGAGUAUGGCAACUAUGGGGAUUAUGAUUAUGGCAUGAUGGGAAUGCAAGGAAUGGGAAGGAUUCCUGGGAACAUGCCCUAUGGAUUCGGCAGAACACGUGGCAGACCCAAGAGGAGAGCUUUUCGUGGUCGUCUGGGUGGGCGUUCAGAUAAUGAAGGCGGGUUAUACAAGCGGAAACAACCCCAAAGUGGAGAGGAACCUGACAGCAAGCAGGCAAAGACAGAAAGUGAAAAAGAUGACUCUGACAAUGAUGAUGGUGAAGAAGAAAAGUCAGCAGAUGAAGGAGAUAAAGCAACUGGUGAUGGCGGUGAUGAUGAUGAUGAAGAGGCAAAACAAAGAAAAGAGAAACAGAGGCAAAGGGAUAGAAUGCGUGACCGUGCAAUGGACAGAAUUCAGUUUGCCUGCUCUAUCUGUAAGUUCCGAACUUUUGAGAAUGAAGAAAUGGAGAAACAUUUGCAAAGCAAAUUUCAUAAAGAAGUCUUGCGAUACAUUGGAACCAAAUUACCUGAUAAGACAGUGGAAUUCCUACAGAAAUACAUUGUGAACAGAAACAAGAAAAUUGGGAAGCGCCGACAGAAGCUGAGUGAGAAAGAGGGUACAAAACCAAAACCUGACCCAUUUAAAGGAAUUGGCCAGGAGCACUUUUUUAAGAAGAUAGAAGCUGCUCAUUGUAUGGCUUGUGACAUGCUAAUUCCUGCACAACCAUAUCUUCUUCAGAGGCAUCUGAGAUCUGUUGAUCACAAUAGGAAUCGCAGAACGGCUGCUGAACAUUUCAAGAAGGCUAGUUUUCAUGUUGCUAAAAGUGUCCUAAAUAGCAAGCACAUUGUGAAAAUGCUAGAAAAAUACCUCAAGGGUGAUGAUCCAUUUACAGAUGAAAGUAUUGACCAAGAUGUUGAAGAAUCUGAAGUUUUAGAAGGUGCUGAAGGUGAAAAGGAAAGUGCUACUGUAGAGAAAAGGGAGAAUACUGGGGAGGUGAUCGAAACCAGUGAAGUCAGUGAAUCUAGUAAACCAGAAGAAGAUGAAGCACCUUGCUCUGCUACAGGUUUUUCCAAAGGAGAAACUGACGUGGAGGAAGAACAGGCAGAAGAGAGAGCAGGCGUAUCAGAAACAGCAGAAGUACCUCCUCAAGAAAAUCUUGACGAGAAAGCUGAAGAUGUCCAAAUGGAAAAGCAGCAGUUUGUGGAGGAAGAGAAGGAAAACGCCCCUGAAAUAAUAACAGCUGAAAGCAGCAGUAUUGAGGAGGAUCCUGUGGGGGUAACAAAUACAGAGUUGUCUCAGGAAUGACCAAUUGAAUGAUUGUGUGGAGGUGUUUUUCUUGCUUUGCUAUAUAAUAUUUUCAGUACUUCCUCUUCAUAAUCUUUUGAUGUAUAUUCCUGAAUUGUUGCCAGCUUUGUUUUUGUCUGAAGCAAAGGAUUCAUCUAUCUCUAUGGGAAACAGUCUUGUACUGUAUUGUGAAUAAGAUAGAAAUUGGCAAGCUGAUCAGGUUCCUUAGCUGUAAAUUGAUACCUUCCAGCAUUUAGAACAAAUAGAAAUAAUAGAAAUAAAUAAAUGUGUUGAUAUUGAAAUCCUUUUGGCUUUCACUUUCUGAUGCAAAAAGGAAAUAUGGCUUCAUUUUGAAAACAGAAUUAACCUUCUUAUUAGGGAGGGAGUGGGUGUUAAAUGUCUUUAUUUUUCUCCCCUGUAAAGUUGAUUAUUCAUUUAAGUUUCUGGAAAAAGAACUUGCUGCCAUAACGACUGUUAAUGUCAUUUAUCUAGUUUGCAGUAUUGCAUGAAAAAUAGCAUCUGUAAUUAUAUACAAAAUGUUAAGCACAAACUUACUGUGUAUCACACUUAAGUUGUCGUUUAUGCUGUGCAUUAUUUCAGAAGUUGUACAGGGAAUGAUAAACUGGUGCUUCUUCAUUAUGUUGAUAGAGAAGCAUACACAAGGAGGAAUUUUAUAGCAACACUUCCCUCUUGUCUCCCAAAAUCUGUCAGAGAGGUAUUAUUCAGAGAGUAGAUUGCCAAAAACUGCUCCAGGCCAGGAAUAAUGAAGCAAUAUCAAAGGCAGUAAAACAUAGAUAAAUUGUUAUGAUUGAUGCUUGUAGCACAGCAUUUGAAAGUAGAAUGAAUACUCUUCUUUUGUUGAAUUAGCAAUUAAAUAAACUUCCAACAUGGAACAUUACUGUCUGGUGUUAGUUUAAUUAGCUCCAAAACAGGUACUGAAAACUCAAGCUAAAAGACCUGAAUUGACUGUUGUAGUUCAGGGUGCAGACUUCUUUUCUUAUUUCAAAAUGACAGAGCUAUUAGAUAAGAGAAAUAAACUUUUCUGAUAGUGUAUAAAAAGCUGAAUAAAUAUUAAUUCCAGGUCAAAUUUUUGUAUCAAUUAUAUAGGAUAAUAGCAAUUUCAACUUUUUAUGAGAAAAAAACAGACAAAAAUAUUCUCUAACAAUAUUGUUUUAUGGUUUUUUUCUGCACAAAAAUGAUUUUAAAUGCAUUGCAUUACUAUGCACCUAAAUUUUGACCAUACCUAAAUCACAUGUUUUUAAAUGAUUUCUAAGCAUUUUUCUUUUGUCAGUAGUUGUAUAUUCAAAAUUGGCAGAGGAAUCUUUAUAUUCUAUCCAAUUGCUAUGAAAAAAUGUAGAUGUUCGCUAAGAACAUAUAAAGCUCCACAAAAGUGCCCUAUUUUGAAGUUUUAUUUAUUUUAUUUAAUAUAUUUACAUUCUGCCCAUGUCCCUGAUUAGACAACCCAACUAUACAUAAAACAAGAACCAAGGAUGGCAUAGGAAUGAGGUCUUACCUAGUUAUCGAAUGUGUGACUACCUGUUUUAGUAAAUGCAUUGGUUUCCAUUCACAACAGCUUGUAAAGCAGACUAUCUGGUUUCCAUUAACGUUUGUUAGUAAGAUCAUUCAGAACUGUUGAUAGCCUGGAAUUAAAAUACUUACCGUUGGCCAUAAACAUU